AUGUACUGUACUAGUCGCGUGGUGCCGGCAACUCGGCCACCGCCUUCCCCUUCCCGCGUAGAUUUUUCGGAGCCAAAAGAUCGGAGUUCUCAACACUUUGCGCUGUUUUACCACCACUUACUGCUUCAAGCUCCAGAUGCCACGAGUGCAUCGAUCCACAUGCUCUCGAGUGGCCACCCGUGUCUAAGAAGGCGCCUUUCAGCCGUCUUGGAUACUGUCGCGGCCGCCCCCGAAGAUCCUCUCCUCUUCCUCUACCCCCGAUGGGCCGCUUCCGCCCUGCAGCAACGGCGAACGAUCGCGUCCCUAGCGCCUUCUGCAGCUUUAAUACAAUGCAAUCGAGCUCCUAGCAACCCGAUACGUGCCAAAACUCGAUCGUAUCCAUUUCCGCCGCCAUUAUCUCGACAUUCCAGCCAAUGGAGCUCUCCCGGAGCCUUGAGUUCGUCUGCCAAUAGCUCUACGCCUGUAAAAGAUGGUGCUGCAGGUUCCUCGGGAGUGAAUGAUAGCCCCGAUGCCAUUGGUUUAAGUCAUGACAUCGUGGGAUUCUCCGGGGGGCUCUCGCAAGAGUCCAACGAAUUCCUCGAGACCGCGUCCGAUACCCCCAAAGCACAUUACAAAAGUCGCGGCAAUUUAAGUCGAAGGGAAUGGCGACAGAAACGAAUCGCAGGUCAACGGGAAGCUGCCAAGAAACCUCAAGAACAAGAUAUAGAGACGGGGUUUUCUUCGCGGAAGGUCUCCGUGGGGAGGUUGUCCGUCCGGGAUAAGAGAAAGCUCCGGUCCGGAGAUUUUUUAAGAAGGCGUCGCGGCUCUGACCGGUUUAGAAGUUCUGUGGAUGCUUGGAAUGAUAUGAAAUUGCUGUUGGAGGAGGUGCAUGAUGACCCUCGCACGAAGCUCAGGAGAAGCACCAAAUCCAAGGAAUUGCAAAUUCCCGAGGAGACGGUGGCGCUUCUUGCUGGUGUCAUGAAUACGAGUUUAAAAGAGAAUAUUUGGUACGUGCAUGUGCGGAACGGGUGUAAAGUGCGAAUCUUGCACCCAAGCGAGGGUGACGGAGCGCACCGAAAAGUCAUCUUGACAGGAUCCGAGCAUGUCAUGGAGACUGUGGAAGGGCUCAUCAAAAAUGCCCAAGCUUCUCAGGACGCCGGAGACCCGCUUGUUGAUAUAAGGAAGCCACCCGUUCCCAUUUUCUUGGAGAGGGAAAUUCUCUCACGGAAGAAUAUCACGAUUCCCAAGAUUCGCGGAACUUGGAACUUUCGUCGUCUUGGUGAACGUCCGCUCAGGCUCAAGGAUGUCCUUGCAUCGCGAUCUUCUCUCAAUUCCGUGAAAGAUUUUGCGGAACAUAUUGAGGAUUUGACGAAUGCGAAAGAGCCAUCUAAUGGUUUGCUAAAAUCCCAGAAGGUCCAAUGGUCGCCGGAUGCCAAACAGAUCUCUCGCCACAUUUUAAAUCUCUUUCGAGAUGCCUCAUAUCAUCCCAUCAUUUCUACUGCUGCAUUGAAUCGAGCUUUGGAGUUUAUGUGUAAGCACGAACAAUUGAGUGCUGCACGGAUAGUCUUCGUUGGCGCAGAACAUGUUGCGACGGUAGACACAUAUAAUGUUCUCCUGCGGUCUGCGGCGCAACGCCAUGAUACUUGGGCGUUCCGCAAGUUCUUGGCUAUGAUGCCUCGGUCAAACAUUCGUCCCAAUGCGGAGACUUGGCUUGCAUUGCUGGCGGCUUUGACCACUUCCAAGUCCAAGGCGUCGCUCAUGACACAUAUGGUGCAAAGGGGCCUUAUGGCGGAUAUCAAAGUGAUACGGACUGCUCUUCAGUUGACGAUUCAAGAUUCACUCCUUGUGCACCUUGAAAGCGGACAGGAUGUUGAAUCAUUCGUCGCUCUCAUGGAAAAAACCCAUGGUGCAAAUUGGUUUAGCCCAUCGUUACUUGGACAAAUGUUCAGUGUAGCUGCACGCUGCAAGAAUUUUUCCGCCACGGACGCGCUGUUGAAGGUUUGCACCGAGAAUGGAUUCGCUAUCGACAGUUCCAUCCUCAAUCAAAUCUUGCUGAUGUGUCGUGCCAACAUUCUGACUGCCCUCAACUACACAUACGAAUGUGCCAAGUCACCUUGUUUCCAUUUUGUGCCCCAGAUCUGGGAGCGUCUGUUCCUCAUUGCAUUCAAAGGCCAGAACUACAAUAUCUGCCGAGUGCUGUGGCGAUACGCCUGCAUGGAUGGAUCUGUGACGAGACGCAUGAUGCAAACAGUCAUCAGCUCAUUGACCCGCAACGUGUCAUUCAAGAAAAGCACAAAUCAAAUGAGUAAAAUAUGGGCCACUGAUGCCGCCAAGGUCAUCAUUGGUAUCGAUACGCACCUCGAGGACUAUAAGAUCGCGGACUCGGCUCUGAAGGAUGUCCCCUCCGAAUUCCACGAUACCCCCCUCGCUUUCCUCACAUGUGGCUAUAUACCCGAUGGGGAACAACGGCUUCAUCAAAUGAAUCUGGCCAAAUACCUUGUUGGACGUGAUUUGAGCCACGGCGCUCGAUUCUACACGCCAAUCAAUGACAUUUCCAUAAUGCUCCAAGCCGCGGCUAUCAUUGAUAGCGAUUGGAAGGGUGUACCGCGUCCCUUGACGUGGAAAAUGCAAAAUGCCAUCCAAGUGCCAAUCAAACGCGACGAGAAUUGGCACAAGAAAGUAUAA